CUCCCCACAGUAGGGCUUCCCAUUAGAAGAAUUACCGCUGCUCAACAUGUGUUAUUAGCUCCUGUGCAGAAAUGAAAAAAGGUGCUUGUAACGCCCGAGGCGCAACAUCUCCCUUAAACAUCAGUCAUAAAAAAAACCAUGCCACCACCCCUCGAAGCUCACCCAGCCAAUGGGACGCCAGGAACCAAGCCAGGUCGCCCUCGCAAAAAACCCUUAAUGUGUCCCAAAAGUUUGGCAUCUCUUGCACAGGUCGUCUUCAGUCAGAUAGGCCCGUGGGCACAGCUGAAUACGGACUGGAGGGGGACGACGCAUCUCUGGGCCAAAGGACAAAACUUCUUCUACAUCCAUUCAGACUCUCACAUCCGCGUUGAGGGACAGAAAUAUGGCUCCUCAACUCAGCAUGAGCAGGAGUCGGGUCUGGCGACGGACAUUGACAGGAUGUUUAACACGUAUGAUUGUCUUCACAUUGCUCUGGGCUCCAGCUCUCGCUCAGCUGGAUUUGAACAGAUUAGAUGGCGACACGGUGUGCCCAACCAUGAAGAAUGGACAAGAUGACCUUCCAGGAUUUGAUCUGAUCACACAGUUUCAGUUGGAUGUCAUCCCGAUGAAGGGCGUCAGAAAGGUAGAAGGUUCCACACCCCUCCAGGUGGCGUACAGACUCGACAAAGAGGCUAACUUCCAGAUCCCAACCAGGCUGAACUUUCCAAGAGGCUUUCCGGAUGAGUAUUCCUUCAUGACCACCUUCCGCAUGAUCAAGAACACCGUGAACAAGGUGUGGAACAUCUGGCAGGUGGUGGAUGAAGACGGCUUGAAGCAGGCAGGCAUGCGUCUCAAUGGAGACCAGCAGGCCCUGGAGUUCUUCCUCACCACUAUAGAAGGAGACGUCCAGACCGUCACCUUUCCGGGCCUCUCUGUCCUCUUCAACACUAAAUGGCACAAGGUGAUGGUUGGCGUGGAGAAGGAGCUGGUGACGCUGUACGUGGACUGUCACCCGGUGGACCAGAAGCCCAUCAAGAGGAAAGGCUAUGUCAACACAGAGGGAGACACUCUCAUCGGAAGACUGGAUUCUGAUCCCAACACCUCUGUAGUGUUUGAGUUGCAGUGGAUGCUGAUUCACUGUGACCCAAAGAGAGCUCAGAGAGAGAGCUGCACGGAACUUCCUCUGACUGAGAUGUAUGCCAAUGCUGAGCCGGAUCCCAAGCCAAUCCCUGGUCCCCCCGGCCCUGAGGGCCCUGAGGGGCCUCGUGGACCCACAGGAGAAGAUGGCAGAGACGGGAGAGACGGUAUUCCAGGCACCCCGGGCACCCCUGGAGCUCCGGGCAGUAAAGGAGAUCGAGGCGAGGUUGGACUGCCAGGACAGAGAGGACUGCAGGGGGUCCCAGGACUAUUGGGACCAAUGGGCCCCAUGGGGCCACGAGGACCAGUGGGAGAAAGAGGUCUUCCUGGUUUCCCUGGAUCUGCCGGACCCCCGGGACCAGAGACUGUUGGGCCUCCAGGCCCCCCAGGGAAGCCUGGUACUCCAGGAGAUGAGGGAAACAUCGGACCAGAGGGUCCUCCUGGACCAAGAGGAGGACUUGGGGUCCCAGGACCACCAGGCCCACCAGGAGCUCCAGGACCAGCAGGGCCACAAGGUGCUGGGAACCCUGAGGGAAGUGGGGAGACUCAGUGCCAGACAACAUGCCCAUCUGGACCACAGGGAUUGCCUGGUCUGCCAGGGAUGAAGGGACAUCGUGGUCUUCCAGGUGUGGACGGUGUGCCAGGUAUCCUGGGUGAAAAGGGAGAGCGAGGGACCGCUGGAGAGUCAGGUCCUCCUGGACGUGCAGGAGAUGAUGGUCAGCGAGGUCCUAUCGGAUUCCCUGGACCUCAUGGCGAUAAAGGAGAUCGGGGUCCUCCUGGAUUCAACGGGAUCCCAGGACCCACCGGACCACCAGGAUCCCCAGGUGUUGAAGGCAUCAGAGGGCGACAGGGACAUCUUGGGCCUAAAGGAGAUGAUGGUGCGAUCGGAGCGCCGGGAGAGAAAGGAGCUGCGGGUGCCAAGGGUGACACUGGUGAGCCAGGAAAGCAUGGAUCUGAUGGAGCAGCAGGAGCUACUGGAGAGAAGGGAGACCCAGGUCUGCCCGGAGCCCUUGGUGUCAGAGGAAUUGUGGGAAUUCCAGGCUUGCCAGGAAAACAGGGACUCGUGGGGCCUGCAGGCCAAAAGGGUGAUAUUGGUGCUGUAGGGCCGACUGGUCCAAUUGGGCUUCCUGGUAAAGAUGGAGCACUUGGACCAGCAGGAGAAGAUGGAACUCCAGGAGCCAAAGGAUCCACUGGUGAAACGGGAAAACAGGGUCCAGUCGGCUCAAUGGGCCCACAAGGAAUCCAGGGAGAUAAAGGUGACCAAGGACUCAUGGGUCCCCGUGGAAUCAAGGGUCACACGGGUCAUAAAGGAGACCAGGGUCCAAUGGGUCCCGUCGGUCCCAAAGGAAGUGAGGGAGAUCCAGGUGUUUCGGGAGAACCAGGCGUGAAGGGUGAUCAGGGGCCUCCGGGUAUUACUGGAAUCAAGGGAGAGCGUGGAGAGAAAGGCCAGAGAGGAGCUACAGGAGCUGAUGGUCGUCCAGGACAGCCAGGCCAUGAGGGUCUGACGGGACCCCAGGGAGCCAGAGGUCUGGAGGGGGAACGAGGCCUAACAGGAUCCCCUGGUCCCAGAGGUCUACCUGGGCCCAAGACGAAUGACGAGAAGAUCCGUGAGAUUUGUUCAGUUAUUGUUGAAGAACAUUUAGAUGCCUAUAAGAAGGAACUAGCCAAGAAACCUCUGGCCAUUGGAGCCCCUGGAAGUCCAGGACUCACGGGGCCAGCUGGACCGCCGGGACCAGCAGGUCCUGCUGGAGAAGCCGGACCCAGAGGAAUGAUGGGCCACAAGGGGCCUCAAGGAUACUAUGGCCUUCCUGGAAAACCAGGAGUCAAAGGUGAUGCAGGACUAAAAGGUGACAAGGGAGAUAAGGGAAUUGGAAUUCCAGGAAUCCAUGGAGAACCCGGACCUCAAGGACCAGCUGGCAAGCCUGGCAUCGGCAAGGACGGGGCAGAUGGUGCCAGAGGAGAGGCCGGUGUGCCCGGGACCCCAGGAACCCCUGGAGCCAGAGGAACCCCGGGUCCUCCAGGGCUUUGUGAUCCUUCAAACUGCUACAGGCCUCAACCUCUCUACCUGGUUGGCGGGAAGAAGUCCGUCAACAUCAAGGGUCCAUGAACAGAAACAUAGAAACCUUCAUCACGUCGUCAUCAUCAAGAGUACAGAUGCAGUCCAUUUCCGACAAACUUGAAGAGACUUUCACACGGCGAGUUAAGCAAACGUGACAGUUGAAUAGAGACAUACAGAUGAAGCUCCUGAUGGAGGUUCCAAUCCACAUGGUUUAUUGGUGUACCUUGUACAUAAACUAGAGGAAAAUGUUUGUUCUUUCAGAUGGUUUACAGUAAAUUGCAGAUAAAUUAAUUAAUUGGAAAUUGACGUUUCAGUUCUUGGGCCACAAACCGGUAAAUAUCAAUGGUGAAGUAAUUUUUUUUGGACCUCUACAUGCCAUACGAUUGCAUUUCUGCGUGUAUUUUUCUAAAUAUUUCUCAUAAAAUGUAAUUGUAAAGACCAAUGUUAGACAUGGUGCCAGACAUUAAGCUACGCCAACAGAACGACAGUGAUCCAGCAACAGGGCAGCUUGAAAUAAAAGCUUUUCACCACCAUG